UCAGGGGUGUUCCACUGGAACAGUCAGGAGGUUUACAGAGACAAGAGUUACCUCAUACUGUCCGAAAACAACCUCGGCAGUAACUGGAGUUUUGAGACGUUUUAUCUUCCAUCUUGACUUCAACGUAGUCUGACUAAGUUAUGGAGCGUCUGAAGUUGGUCCUGCAGUACUUCCAGUCCAACUCUGAGUCCAUCUCCAACGGGAUCUGUAUCAUCCUGGCUCUGGUCAGCGUCAAGCUCUACACCAGCUUUGACUUUAACUGCCCAUGCCUUCCUCAGUACAACAAGCUCUACUCCCUGGGAGUGAUGAUUGUACCACCCAUUAUAUUGUUCUUCUUGGGGGUCCUCGUCAACCGACAUACAGGUGUCAUGAUGGACGAGUGGAUGAGACCCAUCGGGAACAGAUCCAAAAAUCCUGCAGUUGUAAAAUAUCUAUUUUCAGCCAUGCUGCAGAGGGCCCUCCUGGCCCCAAUGGUGUGGAUCCUGGUCACAUUGUUGGAUGGAAAAAUCUUCAUCUGUGCUUUUAGUGUGAGCGUAGACCCUGGACUGUUCUCAGGUCUUCCCAACAACACGGGUCUGGAUGUGGUUAAAAUAAUGGCCAAAGUACCGUGUAAGGAGGACAUUAUUUUCAGGAACAGUUCCUUCCGUAAAGCAGUGUCCCGUUAUGUUCGCUGCUACUCACAGGCGGUUGGCUGGUCCAUCCUUCUGUUUCUGAUUGUUCUGGGAGCUCUGGGACGCCUCAUCAAGCCUUGCUUUGACGAUCACGCCACCUUCCUGCAGACACGAUACUGGAGCAACUACCUGGAUGUGGAGCAGAAGCUUUUUGACGAAACAUGUGUCCUACAUGCUCGCGACUUUGCCCGAAAAUGUGUGGUGCAGUUCUUUGAGGACAUAAGGGAGGACACCGUACUUCGUCUUCCACAUCCAUCCUCCAUUGCCAACAUCAGAGAGGAGGAAGAGCAUGGAGAGGAGAAACUUCAUGGAAUAACAAAGCAGGACCAGGUGGACCAGCUGCUCAACAAGUGGUACUACAGUAAACCUGAGCUGGAUGUGACCAGGAUCGCACAUAGACCCAGAGCCUGUGUCACCUGGGAGGACCGAGAAGGGAAGACGUUAUACUCAGAAGUUUAGGAUGGACAUUGAGCAUCAUCUUAAACUGAUGAAGAGCUUUCAGCUGCAUGGAGUUAGAUCAGAUAUGUGACAUGACAUCACUCCGUCCUGGUAAGAUGUAGUUGUGGGUGGCUGAAAGGUGUAACCAACCAGGUUGUCUCCCUUUACUCACCAACUGUUUAAUGGCCUUUUGAUCCUAAGCUGGGAUCACUGAGACUGAUUUAGCUUCUCCUUAUUACCUUUAACACUUUAUCUACAUUGUCUGUUUAAAAUAAAUAGAACUCACCACCUGGAUUUAACUAAAUAAAUAGGUAGGAGCCUCCUAUUGGAUAAUUCCUGCAUGGAUGAUGAUGAUUUUUCAGCUGCAACAAGUUAUUAAACCCAAACUGAGGCAGCGAGCAGCUUCUCAUUUCUUAAACAUUUAUGUGGAAAGACAUGUCCGUGGCCAUGGAAAGAUGUUAGUCUGUUUCAAAAGGGUCAGAUCAUUGUCAUCAAGCAGAGAAAACAUCUACGGAGAAGCAGAAACUACUAGAACUGGGUUCAGAACU